AGCGCGAGCUGCGGCGGGAGCGCGGCUCUCCCGGGGCACCGCCGCGACGGGGCGGCCGCCCGCCCGCACAUGCCCGCUCCGCGCCGGCUCCCCGCGAUCCCCCCGCGUCGGUAGCGGGAGGCAGGGGAGAGCCCCGUCCCCGCCCCGAUCGCCCGCCGCCGGCCGGGAGCGCGGCUCCCCGGGCCGCCCGCCGCCCCCAUGAUGACCGCCAAGGCGGCGGACAAGAUCCCGGUGCCCCUCGGCGGGUUCCCGCACCAGCUGCCCGAGGGCAUCUACCCCGCGGAUGACAUCGCCGCCGCGCUGCCGACUUCGGUCGCGAUCUUCCCCAAUGCCGACCCCGCGGGGCCGUUCGACCAGAUGAGCGGCGUGGCCGCAGACGGCAUGCUCGGCGUGGACAUGGGUGACAAGCGGGCCCUGGAGCUCCCCUACGGCGGCGGCUUCGCGCCCGGCGCCCCGACCUCCCGCAACCAGACCUUCACCUACAUGGGCAAGUUCUCCAUCGACCCGCAGUACCCCGGCGCCGGCUGCUACCCCGAGGGCAUCAUCAACAUCGUGAGCGCGGGCAUCCUGCAGGGGGUCAGCGCGCCCGCCUCCGCCGCCUCCGCCGCCUCCUCCGCCGCCUCCUCCGCCUCCUCCUCGGCCACCGCCGCCUCCGCCGCCUCUCCCGGCGCGCUGCCCGGGGCGCUGGGCUGCGGCAUGGCGCAGGGCCCGCCGGCCGAGCUGGAGCACCUCUACUCGCCGCCGCCGCCGCCCUACUCGGGCUGCGGGGAGCUGUACCCGCAGGACCCCUCCUCGGCCUUCCUGCCCGCCGCCGGCGGCGGGGCGCUGCCCUUCCCCCCGCCGCCCUCCUACCCCUCCCCGAAGGCGGCGGCGGCCGACGGCGGGCUCUUCACCGUCAUCCCCGAGUACGGCGGCUUCUUCCCGCCGCCCCAGUGCCAGCGGGAGCUGCACGCCGGCCCCGACCGCAAGCCCUUCCCCUGCCCCCUCGACUCGCUCCGCGUCCCGCCGCCGCUCACGCCGCUCUCCACCAUCCGCAACUUCACCAUGGGGGCGGCCCCGGCGGGCGCCGCUCCCGGCUCUGCCCCCGGAGGCGGCGGCGGCGGCGGCGGCGCUGGGGAGGGCGCGCGGCUGCCCGCGGGCGCCUACAGCCCGCACCACCUGCCGCUGCGGCCCAUCCUGCGGCCCCGCAAGUACCCCAACCGGCCCAGCAAGACGCCGGUGCACGAGCGGCCCUACCCCUGCCCCGCCGAGGGCUGCGACCGCCGCUUCUCGCGCUCCGACGAGCUCACCCGGCACAUCCGCAUCCACACGGGCCACAAGCCCUUCCAGUGCCGCAUCUGCAUGCGCAACUUCAGCCGCAGCGACCACCUCACCACCCACAUCCGCACGCACACCGGCGAGAAGCCCUUCGCCUGCGACUUCUGCGGAAGGAAGUUCGCCCGCUCCGACGAGAGGAAGCGGCACACCAAGAUCCACCUGCGCCAGAAGGAGCGCAAGGGCGCGGGGACCGCCGCCGCCCCGCAGCCCGGAGCCGGCGGCAGCGGGGCCGCCCUGGGUCCCUGCGCGGCGCGGACGCGGACGCCCUGAGCCGGGCGCGGGGCGCGGGGCGCGGGGGCGGCGCGGAGCCCCGGGGGCGCGGGGUGCCGGGCCGGGCGGGGCCGACGGCUGUACAUAGGGGCUGCGGCGGGAGGACGGAUGCAUGCGGUGCCGUCGUGGUGAGGUGUCCUUGGUGCCUUGUGUGGUGUGAGCCCGUACCCGGCUGCAUGUGGGGGGUGCCUUACCGAUCCGCUCCGACGACAGCGGCGACGCCGAGACCGGAAAGUUUGCCUUCCCUCCCUGGUUGUAGUAUGGCUGUACAUUUCUGCCUAUUAAUAUUGGGAUUUUUUUUUUUUUUUUUUUUUAGAGACUAUAUUUUUGUACGCACUGGUUGGGGUUGGUUUUUUUUGUCUUUACGGUGACCGAAGAGUGUUGCGUCUGCGGGGGGGGGGGGUGGGGAAGGGCCCGGGCUGGACGAGCGCACCCGGCGGGCCCGGCCCGAUCUGCGCCGCGGGGUGCGGGCGGCGGCACGGCCGUGUGCGGCCGCGGGCGGCAGCUGCGGGACGGGGCUCCCUCCCGCCGCUCUGUACAUAGCCCUUCGACGGCAGGGUCGGCGCUCACGGCGUUUAUAAGCGACGACGAAUAAAUCUCUUAAUUAUUCCA